AGCCGGAGGGACAGACAGACAGCAUCACACUGUGUAUAUACCCAGGCAACCAUGCUGGUGAGUCUGUGGCAGGCAGGGGGUGCCCUGCUUGAAGAAGCUGUUGGAGGCAGUGUGGCAUCUCGUGUCCUGCUUCCAGUUACCUUUCUUCUUCUCUUGGCAUAUCUGUCGAAGCUGGCCUUCAAACAUUUAAGCACUAUUGACACCGACAACGCGAAAUACCCACCAUUUAUUUCAUCAUCUAUACCUUUUCUGGGACACGCCAUAUCCUUUGGUAAAAGCCCAAUCGAUUUCCUAGAAAAUGCAUAUGAAAAGUAUGGACCAGUCUUCAGUUUCACUAUGGUGGGCAAAACCUUCACUUACCUGGUAGGUAGUGACGCAGCCGCCUUGCUCUUUAACAGUAAAAAUGAGGAUCUGAAUGCUGAAGAUGUAUACUCUAGGUUGACAACGCCAGUCUUUGGCAAAGGAGUUGCCUACGAUGUUCCUAAUCCGAUCUUUUUGGAACAGAAAAAAAUGCUGAAAACUGGACUAAACAUCGCUCAUUUCAAAACUCACGUGAGGAUGAUUGAAGAGGAGACCGAGGAGUACUUCAAGCGCUGGGGGGACAGUGGAGUUGGAAAUUUAUUUGAGGCUCUUUCAGAACUGAUCAUCCUGACAGCCAGUCGAUGCCUACAUGGGAAGGAGAUUCGGAACCUUCUCAAUGAAAAAGUGGCACAACUAUAUGCAGAUCUGGAUGGAGGUUUCACACACGCAGCUUGGCUUCUGCCCGGGUGGCUACCAUUACCCAGCUUCAGGCGCAGAGACCGGGCUCACCGAGAAAUCAAGAAUAUUUUCUACAAGGUGAUCCAGAAGCGCAGGCAGUCACAAAAUCCUGACGACGAUAUGUUGCAAACACUUGUGGACGCAACGUACAAGGAUGGCACCCCAUUAACCGAUGAUGAGAUUGCAGGAAUGCUAAUCGGUUUACUAUUAGCUGGACAACACACGUCUUCCACCACCAGUGCCUGGAUGGGAUUUUUCUUGGCUAAAAAUAAAUCUUUUCAGGAUCAGUGCUUUGCGGAGCAGAAAGCCGUGUGUGGAGAAGAUCUGCCGUCUCUAAACUAUGAUCAGCUAAAGGAUAUGCAAGCACUGGACCGGUGUAUAAAGGAAACUCUAAGACUGAGACCCCCCAUUAUGACAAUGAUGAGAAUGGCUAGGACACCCCAGGAGACUGUUGGAGGUUACGUGAUUCCUCCUGGACACCAGGUAUGCGUGUCUCCAACUGUUAACCAUCGCCUACGGGACACAUGGGUACAGAAUACCGAUUUUAACCCAGACAGAUACCUUCACGAAAAUCCAGCAGCAGGAGAGAAGUUUGCAUAUGUUCCUUUUGGUGCAGGUCGGCAUCGUUGCAUUGGUGAGAAUUUUGCUUACGUUCAGAUUAAAACCAUCUGGUCUACAAUGCUACGUUUGUAUGAGUUUGAACUGGUUGAUGGAUAUUUCCCCUCCAUAAAUUAUACCACCAUGAUUCACACCCCAAACAACCCAGUCAUCAGAUAUAAAAGAAGGAAACAUUAAAUCAUGAACUUUAACUGCUCAACAGAAGAAACAUUUUACUUUGAAAAUUGUAAAUUAAGAAGGGCGGUGGGGUUUAAUAAAAAAAAAAAAAAAAACUUUGCUAAACGCUAUAAAUCUGAAUGCAGAUUUACGGAACAAAUAUCUAAGCUGUGACUAUAGUUGAGCUAGGUAAUGGUUCCAUAUAAUCUAGGUUUGGCCAAAUAUCUGGAAUUCAGAUUGUAAUGUGCUGCAAUUCAAAGUUUAACAAACACCCUGUGCAUGUUAUGCAUUUUAUAAAAUAUGUGAAAUAAUUGUGUAAAAAAUUAUGUUCGCUUGACAAGUUGAGUUGUAUAUAGGUUUUAUUAAACAAACUCUUUCAAUUUGCGUGAUUUUCAAAUUAA